AUGUUCCGUGGUGUGGAGCGCCCGUCACCCCAAGACGAUGAGGACACGUUACUGCAGCUGCAGGAAAGCUUUGUGGGUGGGCGGCAGCCAGCGGCCAAAUCCUUGCGUAUAGCUGGAACGGGAAAGCCAAUUAAGGAUCCCGCAAAGAGUGCACGGCUGACGACUGCUGCUGAUAACGGCAAAAAGCGAUCGAUAUUUGCGGAGCGUAGGGCACGAGAGCAGGGUGCACAAGAUGUAGCAGAGUCAAAGGAGGCGUCUGAGAUACCAAGGCUGCAUAGGGAAGUCGUUUCCGCCGAUGCUCUUUUCGGGGAGGUGAUGUCUGAUGUUCACGAACGAAGCCCAGAUCCGCCUUCCAUGAUGGCGCCUACGGGGCCGCAUCCUUCAGCUGGAUUUCCUACAGUUGUCCAUCGUAGUCAAAGGCUAAAACAAAUUAGAGCGUGUUCGACCAGAAUCACAGAGUCCGUACACCAGAGGUCACACUUCAAUGAGUUUCUUAGUCUUGAAGGUGGAGACGAAUCUCCAGAUAUACACGGUCAGAAUCUGCAGACAUUACAGUCAAUGUCUGCACAAGAAAUCGAGGAGGCGCAAGCGGAAAUUCGUGAAAAGUUGGAUCCUUCCUUGAUCCAGAUGCUUCUGCAAAGGGCGAACCAGAAAUACGGACGUGAUGAAUCGCACGUAGAAGACCUAGUAGAGCCACCCGUAGUGUCGCAGCAACCGUGUCUGGGGCAGGCACGGGAACAUUCGAGCGUGCGCUCUGCUGGCGGGCGAUCGGAAUUGACAGCACCAGAUUUGUCAACUUCCAUGAAAGACAAUAUUAAUCUCAGAAAUCCUAAGUCUUUCAUUGAGACGUGGAUUCCAGCAGAUAAAGCGGAACAUGAAAAAUUAGAAUGGAUAGGCUUUAUGGAGGACGAUAUCGUUGACAACAGCGCGGUGACAAAUGCAGCCGAGUUGCGCUUUGAUUUGUCCGGAAGGAUUAUCGAGAGAGGUACUCAAAUUCCUGUGCAUCGAGGUCUGCAUCAUCAUGGGGUUGAUCCCGAGACACCUGGCUAUACUCUUGACGAGCUUUUACACCUGUCUAGAAGCACGGUCCAGGCCCAGCGUGCCGCAAGCGUGCGAGUCUUGGGUGCUAUUAUAGCAGAUAUUUAUGCGGGUGCCUACGGCAAAGCACGGGGAAUAGCCUUGAUUUGGCAUUCUUUGCGUGCAAAUGUACUCCUGCAUCUGCGAUUCGCACUGGACGACUCUCACGAGACCGUUGUGACGAAUUCCCUCGCCGCUCUUGCCGCAAGUGUGGGGACGGGGUCGCUAACUGAUAACGACGAGGAGCAAUGCUGGGAUCAAGUGCUUCUUACCCGGCUGAGUUACCGAGCGUAUGCCAUAUCAGUCUCGAAUCAAGCGGACUUCAAAUCCCGCGCUUCUGGACGGGAACCUUCAUCGGAGAAGAUCGAUCAUGACGGCUCAAUAGGUUCUGUCAUUCAACUCAUUCGACGUGACGCCAUACUCGGCCUGAUUUCUACCGAUAUUCUCGCACGGUUCAGGUACCUCCUGCAAUCUCGUAACUUACCUGCCGAAGCUGUGAAUGAUAUCCUACAAAUUCUGAUUCGCAUAUGUCGGCAUUCACAUGCAGCCGCGGUUCAGAUAGCGGAAUGUCCCGGUCUGGUGGAUGUGGUACAUAAUAAAUUCCUACGUGGUCCAUGGCCCUCCAUAUCCAAAUCUCAGUCGACUGCCUCUUUGAACGCCGUCAAACUUUUGCGACUAUUAUGCCAGAGUGGUAGGGAUAUUGCUGAGAGCCUGAUCCGCUUUCACAUCGUCGUGGAUGCAAUGAAAUUUAUUAUGCUGGCCCCUGACCAACUGACUGACAGUUCGCGUGAACUUAGUUGGUACCUUCAGGCGGAAGUAUGGUCUUUGCUGGGUGUUCUUUUUUCAUAUGGAUUGUGCAUUCAGUUGUUCAAUGACUACCACUCAGCGAUCUUGAGUUGUGCACUAAAGCUAUUCGGUUCUGAGGUGCCUGAAGCAUCGCCUUCGACGCCUACGGCGAUUGCCCGGAGCCAGAUUCUCCUGCUGCGAAUGAUUACGGCGUUUUUAAAAUCUGCUGAAGGAAUGUCAGAUACUUGUCCGCCGAACCAUGCUCUGCGGCCUUUUGCAGAUUUGGUGCUUAAAAAAGUUCUCGCAGGCCAAAGGGAACGGAACGCCAGCGGCAAUCUUCUUCAUUCUGCGGCUUUCGACAUGUUGGCGCUGUAUGGGAAGCAGGUUUUGGCGGAUCCAACUGAUGACGGGUUUAAUUUUAUACAAGAGGCGACGAGUAUCAUGGACUAUAUCCGAUGCACACCAAUGCCGAAUUUCAGCGUCGCUAGGUCUUCCAUUGAAGUUAUCGCAAACCAAGUGCCUGUCGCCACUCCACCCCUAGGACAACAUUUGGUUGGGUUGCAAAAUAAGCCACGCACUUCAAUUGCAACCGCCAUGCUUGAGCUUAAUGCGUACUUUGAGUACGGUUGCUCCCUCAUGACUUUGUGCUCAUCAUUUGUAGGUAUCGGCCGCGAGUGGGAUGAAUUCGUAUCUGAACAAUUAAGCACUGAUCAAGUACUUGGUUGGGUCACUGGAACUGCUGAGUCGCUCGACCGUAUCGCUGUGCAUAGCGAUAUCCUUCGAUGGUUUCUGCCGGGUAGGGGGAUGCUCCUGUGCUCUUGGCUUCUUGCUUCUGAGAUCCUCCAGUCACACGGAACUGUAAACUAUUCCAUGGAUGGAAUAUACGGCUGUGCGGUAGCCCUCGCAGCACUUCCGGAACUCCUGCCCGGCGAAGAAUGCGUAGCUUCAAAGCUUCUAAACAGGUUUAUAUUGCAUCCGCGCGUCCAGAAUACCCUUAUUGCGAUGGAUGAAUCCCUAGUGCAAGUGGAAACCCAGGAGCUUGCACCACAACGUUUGCAGGAGUUUCUCGAUUACGGCCUCUAUGAUAACGCCUCUCUAAAACGGUCGGAAGGACUGUUUGGGCGCGAGGCGCGGGGCCUGGAUUCCCUCAUAUUAGAUGAGCAGGAGGGUAACGCGUCCUUGCCUGUGCGACUGGAUUGGAUAAUGUCUCCAUUCGGCCUUCUGCUCGCUGAGUCGAAGAAGUUUGGACACCUCCUAAUUGGAGCCAAGAGGGAACAGAAGAACAGAGAAGACGCGAAUGAUUUGGUUGCAGAAUGUUUAGCGUUAGGGGAAAGGGUCGACCGAAUUGUGCGACCGCAAUGGUAUAUGACAAGGUUGCCGGACCCAGUCAAGAUCGCUCGCUUGAUGUGCAUUUUCCUGCUACCUUCGUCCACCGAUGAGGAGAUGUUUAGGCGUACCGAUAUUAAUAAGUUGUUGUCAUCUGGGCUGUUACGUUACGGAACACGUUCUCACAGGUGGAAUGAUUCGGAACUCGACGAGGCAUGUGGUGGUAGCGGGAAGUUUUUCCAGCUGUAUCAGGAGUUGGUGGAGCACUAUAGUGCUGUGUCGUUUGGUGAUGAGGUCUUUGCCCGUUACCUGCUUUUACCUCUGGCCAUGCAUUACCCUUCCGACUAUCGCGAGCUCUUUUGGGACCAUUUGAGGGAACUGUUACACCUCUUUACGAUGGAGAAGUCGCAACUGCCAACGGCAGACGAUGCGGCACAAUUUUACUAUCCGUAUGAAACUGAGGAGAGAGUUUUGCUGUUGUAUGCAAGUGCUCUUGCGAGUGGCAAGGUUACAUCGUCAUCAACACCUUUCCUCUACGAUGUAGCGGUGCACCAUUUGAGUGCUGCUCUGGCUGAUGAAAGUCCGGAAUCGGUCGGGGUAAGAUUCAAGAAACGUUCAGUACAGCUAGCAGCUAGUAAAAUCGCCAAGGAUAUCCUUGAUGACAUUGUGUGGCGGGCACGAUCAGAUGGAAAUGGACGUACGGUAGAGUGCGCCAAAUGAGUCGUUCGGUGGUAUAGCUGUUGAUUCCUCGGUGGGCGAGUAGAAACAACCACACCAUGUUCUUUUUGCCAUUUGUAGAUAAUUGCACACCAUGUACAUAGCUGGAUAAUCAAUGUACUGCAGUUGGCUUUCGGCAAACUGCUGGGAUUUCUUUCCACCUCAAUAUUAGAUAUGCUCUGAGACUUUUUACAAUAUUCAUUACAGUUCACUCGUAC